AUGCCAGCGACGCCGCUGACGCCAGCCUUCCUCGCAGAGCUCAACGAGGCCUUUGAGGCCUCGCCUAGCAACGUCGUUGCGCGCAAUGCCAUGACGUCGACCAACUGGUACGACGUGGUCGUGGACCGGCGCGAGCUGCAGCGUCUGACGCACACGUUCGCCAAGAAGCUGCCGGACGCCAAGGUCUGCAACCAGAACGAGACGGGCCGCUGCUGGCUGUUUGCAGCGUCGACGCUGCUUCGUCGGGCGCUCCAAACAAAAUAUGCGCUGAGCCCCGACUUUGAGAUUUCCCAAAAUUUCUUCUACUUUUACGACAAGCUCGAAAAGUGCAAUUUCUUUUUUGAGAAUAUCCUUGCGACCGCCGACCGCAGCGUGGACGACCGCCUCGUCCAUCAUUUCCUCGCCGACCCGACCAAUGACGGCGGGCAAUGGGACAUGUUGGUCAAUAUCGUCAACAAGUACGGCGCCGUGCCCAAAAACGUCUAUGGCGAAGCGAAGUGCACGGAAGACUCGGAGCGCCUCAACCUCUUCUUGAGUGCCAAGCUGCGCGACUUUGCGGCCGAGCUCCGUCGGUUGCAUGCGACGGAUCCCAGUGCGCUCGACGCGGCCAAGCGGCGCAUGCUGGGCGUGUGCCACCGCAUUUUGAGCAUUUUUCUCGGGUCGCCGCCGACACAUUUUGAUUUUGAAGCCCACGACAAGGACGAGGUGUAUGUGAGCGUGCUCAACUGCACACCGCGCUCGUUUCUCACGGACGUUGUGCCCAUCUCGCUGAACGACUAUGUGAGCAUCGUCAACGACCCGCGCCAUGCGUACGGCAGCCUCCUGACGGUCGACCGACUCGGCAACGUGGUCGAAGGCAACCCGAUUCGGUACCUCAACUUGCCGACGACCGACCUCGCGCGGUAUGCCAAGGCGCAGCUCGACGCCGACCUCCCCGUGUGGUUUGGCUGCGACUGCGACGCCGACUCGGAGCUCGAGGUCUACGGCGUCUACUCCAAGCAGCUCUACGCGAUGGAGGCGGUCUUUGGCACGCAGUGCAGCAUGACGAAGCGCGAGCGCAUGGAGUACCAGAACGGAUCGAUGACGCAUGCGAUGGUCUUUACGGGCUACAGCGGCUCGCCACUCCCUACGAAAUGGAAGGUUGAAAACAGCUGGGGCAAGAAGCGUGGCGAUGCUGGAUAUGACAUUAUGACGGACGCGUGGUUUGACGACCACAUGUACCAAGUCGUCGUGCUCCAAAAGUUUCUGGACCCCGAGCACCUUGCGCAGUGGCGUGACGGCACACCCCUCGUGCUGCCCGUGUGGGACCCCAUGGGCAACUGCUUGUAGCCGCAUGAAGUCGUCGCCCUUGAUCCUGGCAAUACAAAUACCGACAGGAUAAUUGUGGCGAAUCACGAGAGUCCGAG